UCAUAACUAGAAGAACCUAGAAGAUUUGAUUAAUUAAAGAACACAGGAUUAUGAUCAAUUCAAAGAAUAUUCUAGAGUGUCUCAUCAUAAACACAAAACGAAACAUAUAUCACGAAAUUUGAAACUACAACAUCAUAUCAUAUCAUAUAACAUUUAAUUCAUCACUUUCGUUGUAGUAUCAAAUCAUCACUAAUGGCUGAAACUAUACUUGGAUACCCUUUUAAACGCUUUUUCUUGGAUCAUACUCCAAUUUUUAGGGGAUACUCUGGCUCAACAGCACUCUUGGAUUGGAUUGAAUCCCCAACUUCUCAUAUCCUCAAAAUCAACGUUCCAGGAUUCAACAAAGAUGAGAUAAAAGUACAAAUUGAGGAAGGGAACAUUUUGCACGUGAGAGGUGAAGGUGUGAAAGAGGAGAAUUUAGGAAAGGACAUUGUUUGGCAUGCAGCUGAGAGAGGGAUUGGAAAAAGAGAUUUUUCAAGGAUGAUUGAAUUGCCUGAGAAUGUGAAAUUGGAUCAGAUUAAGGCACAUGUGGAAAAUGGAGUUCUCACCGUUCUUGUACCUAAAGAUGCAUCACCUAAAUCACAUAAAGUUCGAAACAUUAACAUCACUAGUAAACUUUAAGAUUUGCAAAAUUAUAGAUAGGAAUAAAAAUGGAGAGAAAAUUAUGGAAAAUAGAUGUAUCCUAUGAUGUAAACAAUUGCAUGGUGUGAUCAAGAAUCAAUGUUUGGUUAAUACUUAAUAUAAUAAGGCUUUUCCGUGAUCAA